AUGGUCCUCAAGUCGCGCUGGAAUAUACCUAUCGACAAUAGCUCCUUACAACAAUGGAUCUUCGGCUCGUCAAAAGGUCCUCUUCCGGACCAAAAGACCGUUAUCGAUGCUGAACGUCCAGAUACUCAUUUCUUAACAUUCACAGAGUAUCGUCUCUUAGCAAAGCGUGUCGGGCUGGGGUUGCAGCAGGCCGGCCUGAAGCCUGGCGACAGAGUGCUAGUCUUCUCCGGGAACAAUGUGUACUUCCCGUCCGUGUUUCUUGGCGUCCUCAUGGCAGGUGGCAUAUUCACAGGCGCCAACCCAACCUUCGUAGCCCGCGAGGUCGCAUACCAGCUUCGUGACAGCGGCGCCACGUUUAUGUUUGCCGCCAAAGGCAGCCUAGACAUCGCAUUGCAAGCUGCGGAGGAAGCUGGCUUGGCGAAAGACCAUGUUUUUGUCUUCGAUGCAGAGACCGAAGCCUGGGCUGAGAAGCCCACACCCGGUGUGAAUGGCCGGCAGCAAGGCGCAAAGCAUUGGACCGAGCUGUUACAGGCCGGCCGGGCGCCGGCCGAGGCCUGGGACUGGGUCGAACCCUCCGAUGCAGCGAACACGACUUGCUGUCUGAACUACAGCAGUGGGACGACUGGAGUGCCCAAGGGAGUCGAGAUCUCGCACCGCUCAUACGUUGCCAACUGCACCCAGGUCUUGUACGUGGCAAAGUUGGACCCUGAGCACGACGUCAAGAGGGACAGGGCGCGGGCUCUCGCUUUCCUUCCGAUGUAUCACGCAUAUGGCCAGACCUACUUCGUCGCGAACUAUGCUCGUCAAGGCACCCCGAUAUAUGUGAUGCAGCAGUUCGACUUCAUGAAGAUGUUGCAAUACAUCCAGAAGUAUCGCAUCACCACAUUGGCCUGCGUGCCUCCCAUCAUCGUGGCCCUUGCGAAGCACCCUGCCAGCCGCCAGUUCGAUCUGAGCAGCGUAGAGGUUGUCGGAUCAGGUGCUGCGCCUUUGUCUCAUGAUGUCGCGACAGAAUGCCAGAGCUUAUUCACAAACGACGUGGCAAUAAGCCAAGGCUGGGGCAUGACGGAGACGACUUGCACUACCCUGGCCUGGGACAGUCGAGUGAAAGCGGCUGCUGGCGUGGGAGAGCUGUACCCGAACAUGUCCGCAAAGAUUAUGGAGCUGGACGGAAAGACCGAGAUCCUGGAGGCCAACAAGCCAGGCGAGCUCUGGGUAAGCGGGCCGACUCUGCUGAGAGGGUACUGGCGCAAGCCGGAAGCAACCCGCGAGACUGUUGUGACCGAUCCGGACGGCACAAGGUGGCUGCGGACCGGCGAUAUCGCGCACUGCGAAGAGUAUCGCACUGGGACGAUAUGGCACAUCGUCGACAGGAUCAAGGAGCUCAUCAAGGUGAAAGGAAACCAGGUCGCCCCGGCUGAACUUGAGGGCCUGCUUCUCGAGCACCCCGCCGUCGCAGACGUGGGAGUCAUUGGCGUGACCAUAGAUGGCGAGGAGGUGCCACGAGCUUAUAUUCAGAAGAAAGAUGGAGCAAAGGCGACGGAGAAGGAAAUAGCGGAGUGGAUGGCUGGCAAGGUGACCAGAUACAAACGCCUCAAGGGCGGAGUGGUGUUCGUUGAGGCGAUCCCGAAGAACCCGUCGGGAAAGAUCCUCCGAAAGAUCCUCAGAGAACAGGCAAAGGCAGAAGUUGGGGACCGAAAGCCAUUCGGAUCGAAGAUUUAG